CAUAAUCGGUACGCAGGCAUUGCUGCGGCGCCGGUCAAAAUCAGAAUGCGAUGUACACAGUCAGAGUUGACCCCAACCUUGGUACGUUUCUGGCUGUAUCUUGCCCUCAUCCACGAGAACUGACGCGAUGAUGUCGUCCGGGUCGCCGAUCCGACCUAGCGCAGGCACGUUCCGUUCGUCUGACCGUGACGGCUGCAUUAGUAGAGCGCGACACCGCCUGGGACGAGAAACGGACCGUGUAUAUGCAUCCAGCCGCUGCCCAUUUGGAGCGCCGCGUUGGUUUGAACGGUGCGGAACCCGGCUUCAGUGUUCGUCACACGGAGGAAUAUGAACAUGAGGACGAUAUCAUCGCGCGGGGAAACCGACUAAACACGUAACCAGCCGACGACCGUACUGGAAGUCGCAGAGGGAGGCGCAGAGGGGAGGAAGGUCAGCGCAAAUGCGGGUGCGGAGUUCGAGAGCGGGGUCGGGGGGUGUUGGAGGUGAUAGUGCAGGUCCGUGCGUGUGGGAUCAUUUAUGGUUUCCGAAUAGCAUCGUCUAGAGACUCGCAAACGGAGCAGCGGGUUGUGUGGAAGAGGAGACAACAGUGCGCGCGGGCUACUUUGCGGAAGUCUACUGGUAGCAGAGAUGAAUUUUCGUGCGGCGUGCAUCUUGCAAGAAAGCGGGAAUCACGACGAUGACAAGGCAUCAUCAUCCCCAAAACAACCCCAAGCACAUCUACGCCUGCCGUCCUCAUUUGGCAAUUUGUUACGAGUCUCAUCACGAGGAGAUAGUCGUCUUUCAUUCGACCUGAAUUCUAACCUUCUUGAUUGAUGCGAUGGUGGCACACCCUCACAUACAUGCGAAUGAGUGUGACAUGUCAUGGGCAGUCGGGAAAACAGCGCAUGUGCUAGUAAGCGACCGACGACAAGAAAGCAAGCCUCUAGAAAAACGAGUCUCUACGAUGCACAACAGGGGAAUAU